AACACUUUAUCUAAAAGUGUCACAUUGUACCAGGGUGGGGGGAGCGUCAGCCAUUCUCAAGCGUCUGCUGGCCCCCCGAUGUUAACUCCAAAUAAGCUGUACAUUACAAACAACCCGGAGCUGUUUUAGGAGCCAAGAAGGAGUUUUAUUGGAGCGUUCCAAAAAGGCGCUUUUUGGGGGUGGGGGGUCCCUUGGAGGAGCGUUUCUCUUGGUAAAGCAGUGGCCGCCAACGAUCCAAGUGUUUCCUGGCUUUGAUGCGGCCCGAGUGCACCUGGAGCAUGUCCACAGUGGGCCUGACUGCCCAGGAGACAUAUUUUCCCGUAGAAUACCCCUUCUUGCGGGGCAGCUACUGUCAUAGUAUGGCUGGAUCCAAGUCAACGUGGAGCCAUUCCUGCGACCCGGAGAACUUCUACUUCACUAUGAAAUCUGCACACACAGAUCACGGCUCUCACGCCCAGCACAAGAGUCCCCCAUCGCUAAGCUACGAAACUCUCCUGGCAGGACAUAAACACGGUUCCAGCACCCAUAAAUUACCUCCCAAGAAGUCCCGGCCUUCACUUCUCCCUCUGUCCUGCAGCGGCGAACCGUCCACUCCGAGUCCAGUCGACGACGACCAGGUGGUCCCCCCAUUCCAACGACUCUCGGUGGAUGAGUGCGGCAGUCCGCCGCAGACUCCAGGUCGGUGCGCCAAGCCUCUGCCGCCCAUCCCGCUGCCUGGCGACCUCUCGUCCGAGCAGGCCAUGGACAAUGAGGUGGAGUUCUUCCCCAGCACGGACGAGAGCUGCCGCCUGGUUUCGGAUCAGUGUUCCAAACCUUCCUCCUUUUGGAUGGGACUUCCCAGUCGGAGAAGCUUCAGGGACUGUGGACGGAUUAACCCCGGGUACUACGACGGGCCUUUAGGACCGCAAAACCUGAGGCAAACCCAACCUCAACAGAUUCCCUCGCAUCACCCGACGCAGAAGGAUGCGCAGCAACAUCGGCGCCAGGACUUACCGUCGGGCUGCCAACGGCAGCAGGACAAAGCUCUGAGGAAAGUUCGGCGCUCUCACUCUGGACCGGCCGGAUCCUUAAACAAACCUUCCCCACAGCGCUUCUCCUGCCACAACCGUAUUACCUACAACACUGAUUCGUCAGAGGUUCCUCCUCCAAUCCCGCCACGGUCAAACAAGACGACAGAUCUCUCACACUAUCACAAAGACCUCCGCCGCUGGUCAGCAGAGGUGUCAUACAGCGACGAAGACAAGCCGCCAAAGCUGCCCCCAAGAGACCCCUUGGGAAGCCCCAAAACCCUCCCCAUGUACAUUAACGGCGUGAUGCCCACUACCCAAAGCUUUGCGUCGGACCCCAAUUACGUGAGUCGGGGUUUACAGAGACAGAACAGCGAGGGAUCGCCUUGCAUCUUGCCUAUCGUGGACAAGGAGGGGAAUAAGCUCAGCAGUACUCAUUACUACCUUCUGUGGGGUUUGGAAAACCCAGAUUCGGACUGGGACUUUCACACCCAGCAGAAAGCGCCCGUGGAUCUCGUUUGAGGAUACUCGCCUCUCUCCAAACUGCUGCUUUUAGUUUUAGAUACUGAAUGACGCGUGUCCAGUUACUGCUGACGCCGCUCACCACAGGUCGAGUUCAUUGACUUUUGUCGUAUUUGGAUGUCACUGGAAAAGAUUUUACUGUCCGGAAGGUGCAAGCGGGCCUUGGACCUCUCAUUUUCAGUGUUUUGUGUCUGGAAGAUUGACCGUGCUGUGUUGCUGCUUUUUAUCUCGCUAGGGACGAAAGGUCAGUAAUGAAACCAUGUAACACUUAGUAGGGAUGGGCUUAUUAAUCAAUUCAUGGUUAGGUUAAUUUCAGAUUAAUCUCAAGUUUGAUUCAAAGCAUGAGCCAGUGCAGUGAUUUCCAAACUUUUUCAAGCCAAGUACCACGAUGUAUUGCACUUAAAAGUUAUAUGCAAUUGAAUUUACAAACUAAUUAAAGCCACUUUAUUUCAUUCACUUCCAUUGACAGCAAUAGACAUUCAAUUCAUUUUGACUGGACUAGUCAAAAUGGAUUCAAUGUCUAUCGCCGUCAAUGGCAGCUAAUGAGUGAACAUUAUGCACAGCUUUAAUUCGGUGAUUCCUUCUCACACCACUAGAGAGAGAACAUACCACUGCUGGUCAAGAACAUGCAGCCCAUCCCUAGUUAUUUUAGGGUCAAAUGAAGGAUUUUAGCACUUGAAUGUCUACUGUAUGUGAGGGGAUGAGCAUCAACUUUGGUGUUUGUUUUUGUUGUUUUUCUCAACUCGUAAGCGCUCGUGCUUAGCAUGUUCCUUCCAGGAAAGUCAAGUGCAGCUCCCGUAGCCUCAAAAAUGGCCAUAUCGGAUCCGGAAAAGAACUGUUUUUUUUCUUCAUCUUCUAAGAACGUGUUUUCACGCUUGUCGAGAAAACUUGGCACUACCAUGUUCUUAUGUACACCAUUUACAGUGGAUGUAAAAGUCUACACAACCGUUUUAUUUGUUUGUUUGUUUUCACACAACUGUUGUUGCAAAUGCCAGGUUUGUUUCAUAUGAAUAAGAUUAUUUUAAAACAUAACAAGGAAAUUGAAAAGGUAUGGUGGCCAGGAAGUUCAAAGCAAUAAGCAAAUUCCAAACGCACAUGAAUGGCAAGAGUCGCAACAUGGAUGCAAAAUGACCUCAACCCAAGUAGAUUUGCAAAUUACAACGGUAGAGAGACGUUGGUAGAUUUGUGACCAUCUCUGCCUUAGUUUAGAAAUUAUUGUAUGAAGUUAGCUGCUAACGUUAGCAUUUCAAAUGUAAAUUUGUCUUCACUUCCAUUCUGUGGUUGACAACGGAUGGCUUAAGUAAGGAUCUAAUGUCAUACAACGUUCUCUACUGGAAGAUAACAUUACCUGUUAAUACCAUACAAUGAUCUCUUCUUGAUGAUAACGUUAGCUGCUAACGUCAUCCAACGAUAGGGUUGCCACCUUUCAGAAAUAAGAAAUAUGGGACGCCCCCCUCUGUACAGGCAGAGAAAAAAAGGGACAUCCCCAAAACUUCUAAAAUGCAUAGAAAUGUAUCUAUUAGGGCUGUCAAACGAUUAAAAUUUUUAAUCGAGUUAAUCACAGCUUAAAAAUUAAUUAAUCAUAAUUAUUCACAAUUCAAACCAUCUAUAAAAUAUGCCAUAUUUUUCUGUAAAUUAUUGUUGGAAUGGAAAGAUAAGACACAAGACGGAUAUAUACAUUCAAUAUACUGUACAUAAGUACUGUAUCUGUUUAUUAUAACAAUAAAUAACAAGAUGGCAUUAACAUUAACAUUCUGUUAAAGCGACCCAAGGAUAGAAAGACUUGUAGUCCUUAAAAGAUAAAUGUUAGUACAAGUUAUAGAAAUGUUAUAUUAAAACCCCUCAAUGUUUUCGUUUUUUAAAAAGUUGUAAAAUUUUCAAUUAAAAAAUAAUCUAGUAGCUCGCCAUUGUUGAUGUCAAUAAUUACACAAUUCUCAUGGUGCUGAAACCCAUAAAAUCAGUCGCACCCAAGCGCCAGCGGAGGGCAACAAAACUCCAAAAAACACAAGUAACAAGUGCACAAGACACUGUGCUGUCAUUGUAAUCUGUUUGAGCGGGGCAUGUGCGUUAAUGCAUCAAAUAUUUUAACGUGAUUGAUUAAAAAAAUUAAUUACCGCCCGUUAACGCGAUAAUUUUGACAGCUAUUCAUUUAUAUUCCGUAUUAGUUCAAUAUGGAACGCAACAUUUAAUUCCCAAUUUCGGAUCGUUCAUUAUUUCAAGGGACAUGUGGCAACCCUAUCCAACGAUCUCUACAGGACGAUAACGUUAGUGGCUAACGGAAUAAAAGGAUGUUCACAAAGAGAUGUCUAGCAAAGCGCAUCUACCAAAGUUUGCGAAUUCCCAGCCACCAUAAUAAGAAAAGUAAAAAUAAAAUGGAAUGAUUUCAUUCAUAUGAUGGUCUCAUUUUUUUUCACAUCAUGAAAAAAACUGGCAAUCGAACAGUGGUGUGUAGACUUUUUAUUUCUACGGUACAUUGGGUAGUCAUUUAUGGCUCUGAUACUACCUCCAAAAGGUGAAAAAUUACCCAGGUUGACUCUGUCCACCUGUCACACGACAAGAAAAAUCUUGUCAGGUUUCCACUCGUAGGUGUUUUUCCUGCGAAAGUCCUUGUUACUGCUUUAAGUUUUUUUUUUUUUUUUUUGCUUUUGGAGGUUGCACAGAGAACGUCGCCUUGAAGCUGGACAUACACUGUCAAAUAAAAGCACAAAGUUGAGAGAAGCGCAUCGCUGUGUUUUCAGCUUUUAGUAGUAGCAUUCCUAUUUUUUUUAUUUUUUUAUUUUUUUGACAGCGACACUUUGAAAUCACUCUCCUGACACCUACAGAUCCGAAGCGGUUGUUUAAUCGUAAACUCUGUCAAAGUUAGGCUUUGUACAGUGUAUGCCCAGCUUCAGUGAAUGUAUUCAUUCUUACUGAAAUUAUUCUUUUUAUAUUUAGUGGUCAAGCUGUGAGUCAUUGUUUGGAACACAUAUGCUACCUCCCUCAAUACCAACCCUCCAUUUCACUUUGUCCGUUUUUUUGGGGGGGAUGAUCUUGUUUUGUGCUGAACAACUAACUACAAAGGAGUACUAGGGACACAAGUAAAAGAAAAAUAGUACAUUAAAAUAGAAAUUGGAACUGUUCUAAAUGGUAAAACACAAUUUGUUCAAAUAAAAAAGGGUAACACUCAGGGAAUAAUGUUGGAUAAUUUCAUUUUUGGGGGGUGUGACAGCAAUUUCCAUUACCAUUUUUUUCUAAAGGUUUUUAAAAUUAAGCUAUUUUAUUUUUUCUUAAAAAUACAUUUGUUUUAAAUUUCAGAAGAAACAUGACUCAUUAUAGCUAAUUUUAAUCAAUAUUACUCCAAAAAGGACAUUUUUCUUGUGUAAAAGAAGUAUUAAUUAUGGUAAAUAGAGACACACUUGGAUUUAAGGCUGCAGCUAUCAAUUAUUUUAGUAGUCGAUUUAUCGAUAAACUAGUUAGUUUGAAUAAUUGAGUAAUGGGAUAAGGAAAAUGAAAAAUUAAAAUACCUGGGAUGACCCUCAAACAGUACAAAUAAAUAAAUAAAUGAGGAUCUAUGUACAACAAAAGAACAAGUGGCUAACUUAAAAAGCAAAAGUCCGCUAGCUUAAAUGCUAUAAAAUGCUACGGGGGUUUUUUUCACAAUGCUCUUAACAAAUGGUUCAGACUUAUUUUCCCGCAAAACAUGGCUAAAUAUACCUAUUAACUAAAUCACAAAAACAUUAGCCCAAAGAAAAACUUACAAAACGUUACAUUGGUCUUAACAGGGUGCAGUUGGAUUCAGCCAUGUCAAAUGAGGCAGACCAGAGGGCAGUGUAUCCACCCUAAUCCAUACAACUAAAUGUAAACACUUUCAAAAUAAUUCAUUACACGCCACUUUAAUUAAACGAAUACUCGAAGCAACAAAAUUUAAUUUGAAUAUUUUUUUCUAAUCGAAUACUCGAGUUAAUCGAUUAAUCGUUACAGCACUACUUGGCUUGCAUCUUCAAGGCACUCAAAGCGCUUCAUAGUUUUGCCCUUUCUUUAAAAUGGUUUUUGACCUUUUAAAAAAUAGAAAAUAAUUAAUAGUAUGAUACAUUUUUGUGUGCAUCUUCUCCCUUUAGAUUGGAAUUAUUUUUACUCUGUUUUUUUCCCCACCAAUAUUUAUAAAUACCGUAGACUUUAAUUAAACCCCCAAAACAACUCAAAAGAAAUUAAGUCAGAAAAUAGUGAUAUUUUGGUCAAUAUUUAUUUUGAUAAAAAAAAAAAAAGAAUAAGUCAUAGUUUUGCUAGGGUUUUUUUCUUCAGUUUUUUAAAAAUCUUUUUUCUAUUAAAAAUAAUACUAUUAUUUCCUUCAUAUUAUGAUUUUUUUCCCGACUUGCUUUUCCCUCUUAGUUUCUGUAGUUUUUUUGUUUUUUUUUGAAUGUAUUUUUAUAUUUUCACUUUUCUUUUUUUCUUUUUUUUUUUUUUAGGGUGCCAUUUGGACAUAACAGAGUGGACACUAACGGGGGGGACAUUUUGUGCUAAAGAUAGCCCUCAGCCUAGCUUUGCUAGCAUAAUAGCUAACACAACUUUGGAUACUUGAUGAGAAAUAUUGUAAUUUUACAAAUCAACCUUUUGAAAAAAAUCUUUUUUUGGUAUACAGUAUAGCUUUAACAGAGUAGGCAUGUUAUGAUCAUAAUUAUAAUUAUUAAUAUAAUUAUUAUAUUUAAAAUUAUGUUAUAAUUUCCCCUUUUUUUCCUCACCCAAAAGUAAAAAAAAAAAACUUGUGGCCCUAAUACUCCUGGUUAGACGGAACCGACAUCAAAGUUCUGUCGUCGGUUGCCCGCUGUCAAAAUGGAGUCCCGUCGGGUGUUAACCGCCUCGCUCCGGGACGAUCUUGGAGGGUUGACCUCCGCCGCGUGGUCUUUCCGGUUCUGCUCAAGCAUUCCUGCCUGACAUGAUUGCAGUGGGUGUGUCCUCACAGACUUUGGCUGCCGGCGGCCGACACUGAAAAAAAAAAGAAAAAAAAAAAGAUAAAUAUAUAUCCAUGUGAAUGUUUAUUGUUCUAGCAUUACCUAAUGGACACAUGAGGAUGAUAUUGUAAAUGUAGCACACGUACGGAAGAACACGGUGUUCACUUUGAGGGAGGGGGGACUCCAAUCUAAGGUCAAACGGUUAUUGAAGAAUAUAUUUUUUUGUAGUUUCUGCUCACGAACACAAUGUUGCUUUGACUUUAAAAGUCACCCCCACCCCAGGAAAAAAAAUGUUUACAUACACUGGUACUAUUUAAUCUUAAAAGGUAUUCAAAUGUCUUAUUAUGUAAAAUAACACAAAAAGGAAAAAAAAAAAAAACAACAACUGAAGACUUUUAUUUGUAACUUCUCUGCUGUGGUGAAGACGAACGUUGACAUGCACUGGGAGAGAGCACAAUGCUGUGUACAGUAUUUAACGAUUCCAUUUAUUUCUUAUACAUAGUCGUUUUUGCAAUGGAAAGAAAAAUAAAACUAUUUAUAUCA